AUGCGUUUGCCCCCCAACCCUGCGCACUGCUCUGGUUUUGUUCGGAACGGGAUCCAGUUUCUUGCUCGACGCUCUUUAAAGCGGAGGUUUCGGGACGCCUCCUCCCUGGAAUUUUCAGUUGUUUCUGUUUCUUUUCACCUUGUCCAGGUGUACAGCAUUCACCCGGAAUGCCGAUUUCAUCUGGAAAUACAGGAAGAGGAAACAAGAUGUGCAGAGCUUCUAAGGAUUCAAACAGAAAACCACAAAGCCUGCAGCGGCAUCUGGGACAACAUCACAUGCUGGCGCCCUGCGGAUGUCGGCGAGACCGUCACGGUGCCCUGCCCAAAACUGUUCAGCAACCUUUACAGCAAACCAGGAAACAUAAGCAAGAACUGCACCAGUGACGGGUGGUCGGAGACGUUCCCGGAUUUCGUGGAUGCGUGUGGCUACAGUGACUCCGAAGACGAGAGCAAGCCUCAGCCCCAUCACUCGUUACAAGGCAGCCCUGGGUGGACCUGCUCCGCCUUCCACCAGCGGGAGGGCCACGUCCCAGAGGAGACACGAGGAUUGGCUGACGGCCUGGCUGGGCUUACAGACCAGAGAAAAUUAGACCCAGGCGAGCUUCCUGGGGAAGCACCCUGAAUUCUGACCAGGAGCGGGAGGCCCCACAGUGACCAGGGAUCCAGGAGAGGGACCCUGUCCCAUUUCACCUGCCUCCCCUGUGGCAUGUGGGCAGACCUCUCUCGGGGCAGGGAGACAGGCCCCGGCGCCUGGAGGGUGUCGGCCUGUUGUAGGCAGGGAGGGCGGGGGGGCGGGUCCACGUCUGACCACCCACGUCUCUCCACCCACU